AGUUCCCCGAUGACCCAGUGACCUCCUGCACUUCCCGAGUCCCGGCUGCUCGGCCUCCGCCCCGGCCUUCACCCCCGGGGUGAAGACGGGUCGGGGACCUGCACCCCCCUUUUCUCUCCAUUUCCCCGCUCUGGCGUCAGCCUCCGCGCGCUCCCUCCCGGUACCCGGAUAGGUUCGACAUUCUCGAAUCCCGGUUCCCCCACUUCCUGGGACCAGGAUGCCAGCCUCCCCAAAGCCCGGGGACAAGAAUCUCAUUUUCAUCUUCUACCAGAGCCAGCAGCCGUUGGGAAAGAAGACUGUGCUCCUUGAACAAGUUUCACUCCCGUCACUCUCUCAGCCCCGCAGGCACCAGCCAGCCUCGAAGAGCAGGAUGGACCUUGACGUGGUCAAUAUGUUCGUGAUCGCGGGCGGGACGCUGGCCAUCCCCAUCCUGGCAUUUGUGGCCUCCUUUCUCCUGUGGCCUUCGGCGCUGAUAAGAAUCUAUUACUGGUACUGGCGGCGGGCCUUGGGCAUGCAGGUCCGCUAUGUCCAGCAUGAAGACUAUCAGUUCUGUUACUCCUUCCGCGGCCGGCCUGGGCACAGGCCGUCCGUCCUCCUGCUCCACGGCUUCUCCGCCCACAAGGACAUGUGGCUCAGCUUGGUCAAGUUCCUUCCAAAGAACCUGCAUUUGAUCUGCGUGGACAUGCCAGGACAUGAGGGUACCACCCGCUCUCCCCUGGAUGACCUGUCCAUAGACGGGCAAGUCAAGAGGAUACACCAGUUUGUGGAAUGCCUCAAGCUGAACAAAAAACCGUUCCACCUGAUGGGCACCUCCAUGGGCGGCAAUGUGGCCGGCGUGUACGCUGCUUACUACCCGUCGGAUAUCGGCAGCCUGACCCUCGUGUGCCCCGCUGGCCUGCAAUACCCAACUGAUAAUCAGUUCGUACGACGGCUCAGAGAACUGCAGGAAUCGGCCGCCGUAGAGAAGAUCCCGCUGAUCCCGUCCACCCCAGAGGAGAUGAGCGAGAUGCUGCAGCUCUGCUCCUACGUCCGCUUCAAGGUGCCCCAGCAGAUCCUGCAAGGCCUUGUCGACGUCCGCAUCCCUCAUAACAACUUCUACCGGAAGCUGUUUUUGGAAAUCAUCAAUGAGAAGUCGAGAUACUCCCUCCAUCAGAACAUGGACAAGAUCAAGGCCCCCACGCAGAUCAUCUGGGGGAAACAAGACCAGGUGAUCGAUGUGUCCGGGGCAGACAUGCUGGCCAAGUCUAUCCCCAACUGCCAGGUGGAACUUCUGGAAAACUGUGGGCACUCUGUGGUGAUGGAGAGGCCUAGGAAGACAGCCAAGCUCCUCGUCGACUUUUUAGCUUCUGUGCACAGUACAGACAACAACAAGAAGCUGGACUGAGGCCCCGAGCGCAGCCUGCCAUCCGCACGCCGCAUCCGCUCCUGUCUCCAAAUCUGACGCAGCCACCACUUCUCAGGGAUCCUGCCCCAAACGCGGCCAGAGCGCCAGCAGCCCUGAGGAAGCCAGUGCCCUGCCCCGGUCAGACCCACAGAGCUCUGGGGGCUACGAAGAAAUCUCCAAGAUGUUUUUUCACUAAAUAGAAACUCAUACGGAACAAAAUCAGAAAACCCAGCCUGGAAACCUCCCGAGAAGUCUUCAGGUUCAUUCGCAACGCGGUCCCCUUGAGCCACAAUCACUGAGGACAUCAUUUUCUUUGAAACACGUUUUACAGGCUGAGACUUGAGGUAUUGCUGUUGCUUCAGGCGUUCUCCCCUGCAUGGUCAGCGGCUGUGUUAGGAGCAUUAGUCCCCAUUCGCCGAGCCCUUCUUGUUUAUGUCUUAAGUUUUACAGAGAGGCCCCGAUGUGAGUGCAGCCCGUCAGCUGCAAGACCCCGCUGUGAAGGGGCAGCUGCAGAUGUUUGCACCUGCAGAGGGACAUGGUUCCGCCUCGGCCAGCCCUCGGAGCAGCAGAGAACACACCUCUCCCGUGGGGGUUCCAUCCGCCCCACGUGUCAGCUGUGCCACGAGGGAACUCGGUCACAGUGUGAAGCACACCUGGCAGGGUGGGUUUCUGGGAAUAAUUUAUUUUAAAAAAUAGGUCUAAUGGUCUGGCCCAUGUGGCUCAAUGGUUGAGCGUUGACCUAUGAACC